ACUCAAGCCCAUCGGGCAUUCAAUGCUGGGCCCACCUCAUGUUUGGCACGGGUGCCGAUCCGCCGCCCGUUCCUGCAGAGCCGCAUGGCCCACUCCCAUUUAGAAAGGAGCUGGAGCAGGAAAGCACGAGAUACAAUGUCCCCGAAAUUGGCUGGGCGCGUUCGCCCGAGCUUGCUCGCGUUCCGAUUUCCAACUCCGAUCCUUCGCACUCCUAUCGUACUAUAUUACCCAACGCUGCAACAUACUCUCCAAACGGCUCUCGGCGAUCCAACGGCGCCCUUUCAAAUGACGGCGCUACUAGACCGAUGCUCGACACCAACGCUCAAAUCUCGGUCAUCCAGAUAUGGAUGGCUGCGGUGCGCCAGAUCACCUCGUUGCAGAACGUUAUCCUCACAGCAAGGAUGGAUGUCAAGAGGGAGCGGACGCGCUGCCGCCAACAAGAGGAGUUCUUUGAGAGCAUAAUGGAUUCGUUCAUUGAUCUGCUUCAUUCAGCCACGACGCACGCUUCCUAUGCUGAGUGCAAGAAAGAUCUAGACGAUCUAUCACACAAAAUGAAGGCUUCAAGGGAGGAGCUCAAAGUGCAGCGGCAGAGAAGCAAUGAACUAGAAAAUGGUCUUUCAAAUCAGGAGUAUCAGCUCACGAAGUUGGAGGAGGAGAUCUAUCAAAAGCUGGACACGGAGUUUCGGCUUGGCUCGCCCAAGCCUACAUCACCACCUGCUCAACCGGCUUUCCCAACACAAAGACAAUUCGAGACAGUUGAUACCGAUACAUCACGGGGUCCGAGAGAGGAACUGUACUCGCGGAUGGCCGACUUACGCAUCCUUCUCGAAAGGCUGAACAACUUCGAAUUCGAUCUCAGGGACGAGCUAGACCAGCGGGACAUUCUACGUGCAACCGGUCAAUUCGACGUAAGCAGCGACGCGGCCUUUUUUGAAGAGACACGCGCGGAGCGUGCCAAGAUCCAAACCGAGCUAGAGCAGGCACAAGCAGACGUCGAGCGCCUCAAGCAGCAAUGCAUACAGCGCGGUAUCCAAUUCGAAGACGUCCAAUUUCAUAAUCUAUUCAACGAUGCCGACAUCGACACCUUCUCUACGCCCUCGACCCAGGAAGAAGCAGCGAUUCUACCACUGCCGGAAAGUCCCGGAGGUAUCAUCGGCAGUUUCCUAAUCGCACGCGAGCGCGUCAAGAGGUGGCUGGAUCCUUCCAGCCCGCAGAACCAGGGCAACAGUCCAGCCGAGCAUGAGGGAGAUAGCCAAGCGCGUCGGGAAUCAUGGUCGGACGUUGGUUGGGUGACGCCUGAUAGCUGGCCUCGCCGUGAACGCCCUUCUGCAGGCGACGGGGCGCACGGCAUGCCGGUGUGGAACUCAGGACCCCCGCCGGGAUCGUCGCAUCUUGAGGCUCUGCUGCGAGAAUGCUCCACGGAAGUUUCACCCCUUCCAAUCAAACAGAUGCGCAGGCGCGAGAGUCAUACGACAUUGUAAUGGAUAUCCCUUCCUCGUCUUUCUUUACCCAAAGCACCGCAUCCAAGUGACAUUUGUGCACCUCUUCAAUUCAGCAUAUGCGCCUUCUUCACUCAGGCAAUCAGUCCCGAGUGUAAGCCGCGGCCUUCCUUGUAAGAGCGCCCUCCUUGGGUGUAAGGCAACGCCACCCCUUCCAGCUGCCGCAUCAUUAUGUAUUGGCAGGAUCAGAAGCAGGCAGCCACAUCCUCUUCAUCUUCAAGAUCCCCUCAACCUUUCUGAUCCGCGGAUACCGUACCCCAGUUUCCAUGCAGCUCGUAUCAAACGUGGCUGCAUGUUAUCUUUCAAGUCGGCAGCCUUGCUGCACGACACCAGCGACCAAUCCGAGGACGAUUCGAUAUCACGUUCCACGAGCUCGUGACUGCCUGGUUCCCCACGCUCGUUCUUGGCUUUGUCGCGUCGUAGUGGAAGUUGAUUUGGUGUGUUGCUUUGUGUGUAAUCAUGAGAAGCUGUCGUGAU